AUGAGGAUAAGCAGUGAGAUUGUGGUGGCAGCUAUCAUCUUCUUCUUUAUGAUGGUCGUACUGGCCUUCAAUUUAUACUUGUACGCCAAGUGGCACUUGCGCUCCGCCCUCCGUGCCCACUCUCGUCCACGCUUUGACUUCACCGCCAUCGACAUUGAUCCCCUCCCUGUCCCUGAUCAUGGCCUUGAAGCUGCCGUGCUUCAAUCGCUACGUGUCACCGUUUACCGAGCGACAGACUUCAAGGAGGGGAUCGAGUGCGCCAUUUGCCUCUCCCAGUUGACCGACGGCGAGGUGGCUCGGCUGCUCCCUAAGUGCGGCCAUGGGUUCCAUCUCGAUUGCAUCGACAUGUGGUUUUGCUCUCACUCCACUUGCCCCCUCUGUCGAAGACCGGUCGGCACCAACCCGAAUGUCCAACCCAUGUCGGGGUUACCGACCAUUCAUGCUUAG